AUGGCAGCCACACAGGAACUGGAAGUGAAGAUGGAGUGUGAGGAGCAGCCUGAAGUAGAAGUUGAACAAAAACCUCCUAUCGCUCAAACAGCGGAACAGGUCGACAUCAAGCCAGUCAUAGCCUCUGCUGAUGUCCUUACUGAGUCUGGUAUUGAAGGCCAUGUACACCUUGGUGAUGCCGGUCUAGAAGACGAAGAUGAGGAAAUGGAGGAUGAAGGUAAUGAAUCUGAAGGAGACGAGGUGGAAAGUAUAGUGGAUAUUAAAAUUCAAAACGGUAUCUUCAAAUAUCGUGUACGAUGGGUAGGCUGCAAGCCAAGUGAGGAUACUUGGGAGCCGGAAGAGAGCUUCACAGGGUCAGAAAGCAAAGCACUACUGGAGGAAUAUCGCGAAGUUCACAAGGAUAAGGUGGAGGAGCUGUUGAAGAACGAAAAAAACAAAAAAACGAGAAGAACGAAACGUGGUCCAAGAUGGGAGUAUGUGUCGGAAAUUGUCACAAGAGAGGAUAAAACUGCUCUUAAACCGCGCGAGCUGCAGUCGGAUGAUGUAUUUUAUGGUCAAACUGCAGCCGAAGUAGCAGCAGCAUCCGGUGAAUUGAAAAAGUUAUUUGAUCCUACGCAUAAGAACACUGCAACAGAAUUGUUCCUUUCCGCUACUGAUCCAGCAGUGAAAGUGACACGUAGCCAAACUAAAGCUCUCAUUGGCUCACGAGAAACGUCUAGGUCUAACACCCCAAUCUCGACAAAGCUGCUCACUGCAGAAGAUACUAGUCGAGGGUCUGUAAGUCCUACUCCACCUCCACAACCAGCCAAAGGGCGUCAGAGAAAAGCUAAGACACCUAGCAAAAGAACCACUAAGCGAAAAGCGGUGAAGGAUGAGGUAGGUUGUUCAACAUAG